CAGCUUUGAUGGAGAUAACCUCCUCUAUGCAUGAUGGCACUUACAGGGUCUAAAUGCAAAUAACAUUCAGUCUUAAAAUGGCAUUGAUUUGAAUGUUAAACACUGAUAACAGCAGGCUCUACAGUCUCAAGAAAACCUUUACACUGUAAAUUUAUAGUCAUGGGUUUUAAUUAGUAAGGAUUGCAAAUGACAACCUGAAUAACAGGAACAUUUAUUAAUCCAACAGUUGUAGUUCAAACAAUUCAAGUAAGAAGAUGCUAUACAUCUGUACUUCAGUGCUGCCCAUGUAUGUUCUGUGGAGAAACAUUUUUUCCCCCUUUCUUCAUUUUGUUACGUCUGUGUUACUAAGUAACGUGUGUGUUUUUCCUACGAAUGGUAAUAAUCCCACCCCAGGGCAGUGAGACAGGGCUGUUUGUCAGACUGCGCGCUUGGCCUGGCUACAGCGCGCGGCGUCACUGGGUGUGGUGACUUUAUUUAACAGGCCCAUUGGGCUUCACAUCGUAGCAUGAAAGACUGGGGUCUGUUCAGUCUGUCCUCCUAAAACUCCUUCAUGUCUCUCACAAUGGUGUAAUGUUUAGUUCAGUUGCUUAACUUUUUGUGUUUGUUGUUAAUGAACAAGAAUUUGAAAAAAAAAAAAACCCAAACCCAGUUUAUUGCUAGUUAUCGCUAACUGGUAAGUUCAGGUUUAGUGUAAACGUGUGGUAAAUUAGUCUAGCACUUCAGCAGUGACGAGCACGGCGACGGGAUAUCCUACAGUGUCAUUGAAAGCUGUUCACCAGAAAAUCUGUUUCGCUGUAUACAAAGCCAAGCUCAGUGCAGUGGAGAGGAAAUGAGUCAUAGGGGCUGUAGCCAGAGCGUGGGUGUGGGCGCUCUUAAAACAAGGCCUGCACUCGCCAUGACUGAUUCACAUGCGCGCUGCACUCCACACACACCACACCAGCCGCCGCUUUCUCUUUCUCUCUCUCUCUCACACACACUGAAAGUCCACUGGUCCCGGCUCAAUGGAUAUCGACGCUGUUUUCCGUGCCGUCUGCCUGGUUCUCGUGGCUGGAACCCAUUUAAGUGGAACAAACGCGGAAAAAAGUUCCUCCUGUGCAAAGUCAGAGUUCUUUAACAGCGAUCUUGGUGGUUGUGUGCCUUGCAAUACAUGCAUAGAGUACCCCAAAACCCCAUCAUGUAACGCAUGCCCACCGGUCCAGCCUCAUGAUUCCUGGAGGGUAGCAGCCAUUACCAGUUUCUCAGUGCUGGCAGCGGUGGUUGUUUUCGGAGCCUUGCUCAUAGGAGUGCUAGUACUUCAAUGCAGGUCCAAAAGGACUUUAAGUGACCCCAUCGAGGAAACCACAGGUCCACUUUAUCCAGUGUAGGCAGAUCAUUAACAAAAGCGAAUGGAAUGGAAGGAUUCAAGGUAUUAAGAAAGCUGUUGAUUCACUCGGUGAUCUGUUUGCUAAUUCGUUGACUACAGAGUGUGCUAGGAGUAGCAUGUGACUCUUUUAAUUUAUUAUAUUGGUAGGUCAGACAUAGAGGUGAUUAACACACUCCAGAAUAUGCAGAUGAUGUAGAGUUACCGUGAUCUCGAAAACCUCAGAUUUUGUCCUUCACUGUGUGAGCAGACUUAAGGUGCUUUUUGAGUAGACUCCUGAACAUCAGCAACAAUCGGAUGCCUUACAACAGUGAAACGGAGGAAAUUGUUUUUUAACCUCUAUUUUUUGAAAGGCAUUAUCUUUUUUAAUGUUUAUUGUGAACACCCUUGUUUUGUUUUUUUCUUGUAUCCCGUUUUGAGCAUUUAUGACCCCCUAUGCACUUAUGAUGUUUAUGAAUGUCCAUUUUUUUAAUCCAGUGAAAACUGCCAACCUUCCAGAACUGUAGUGUAGAAAUACCUUUUGUACAGUAACUGUUUACCUCCGCAUUAGAUUUAUUCUGGCCUAUUGAAUGUAAUGUGUAAUCAAUAUUUUGUAGAUAAAUUGUUUAUAUAUUUGUGUCCUAUGCACUGUUAGGAUGUAGUCAUUGUAAUAGUUGUAAGACAGCCUGCCUUUAGUAGCCUUUCUAUGAUGUUACACGUACAACAUCUGACACCCUUGGAGAUGCAUGUCUAAAUACAGGCAGGUGACAGGGGGUGUAUGAGAUGGCCCAGCACCAAGAUACUUUGUUAGUUUUUCCUUUAAUUUGUCACCUGUCUGUAUCUGGUUCUAGUACAUGUGCCAGCCAUCAUUGUCACAGUUACUUAAAUGUGCAGAAGUUGCUGACAAGUGUCCAAUCACCCAAGAAGUCAGAAUACUGACCCACCAAAAGAGUCAGCAGUGGGCCUACCAUGCUUCAGAAGGACACUGCUGAAAUGCUAAGAAAGCUGUCAUAGUCAGUGUUCAUAUUUCAAGAAUGCCACGGCUAGUGGUAAAUCCAAAAUGCAACAAUCAUGCAGUAUUAGACUUCUACUAACUUUAUAUUUUUGCUGGUCACAGUUAUGGUAUUGGAUCAAGUUGAUAUUAGGCUGUCCCUUUAGAAAAGGUUAACCUGAUGUUGGACUGUAAGACAGCCUAAGCAUUUAUAGGCAAUAAACAGAGACAACCGUUGCAUGUUCAGUGAAUGUGUAUAACUUGUGGAAGCAUGACAUUUAUGUUUUAAGUUAAUAUGUAAUGUAAAUAAAAGGAUUUCAAGUACAACA